AUGGGGAUCACGGGUAUAAUCAGCAUUAUCGCUGUAGUAGCUCCUUUCUUCAUGAGCGCGUGGAAUCCCGCAGCUUCGCCUCACAUGAAAGGCCUCACCUACCUGACGCUGCUCCUGGGGUUCUACAUGGCGUGGAACAUUGGUGCGAAUGACGUGGCAAACGCAAUGGGGACGUCAGUGGGUUCGGGAGCGCUGACGCUACGCCAAGCGGUGCUAGCAGCGGCGAUCUUGGAGUUCGGCGGGGCUUUCCUGGUUGGAUCGCACGUGAGCCACACGAUGCAGAACGGAAUCAUAAAGGCAAAUGUGUUUGCCGGGAAAAACGCGAUGCUGUUCACAGGGAUGAUCUCCUCUCUGGCAGCCGCAGGAACGUGGCUUCAGGUUGCUUCGUACUUCGGCUGGCCGGUAUCAACGACGCACUGCAUCAUCGGGGCAAUGGUUGGGUUCGGCAUCAUCUUCGGCGGCUGGAAUGCCGUCUACUGGUCGUCGCUGGCUCGCGUGGUGUCGUCGUGGGUCGUCUCGCCUGUUCUCGGUGCUAGCAUCGCCUUCAUCGUUUACAAGUGUAUCCGAAAGUUCGUCUACAGCUCGUCCAAUCCGGGGCAGGCAGCGUCGACAGCGGCGCCGAUCCUCGUCUUCGCGGGUGUCUCCGCCUUCUCCUUCUUCUCGCUCUUCACCUCCCCGGGGGUCCUCCUCCGCGCCUGCGCGCUCUCCCUGGCCGCGGGCGCUGCUUCCGCGGUGGCCAUGUCCGCCGUGGUGAAGCGGCAGAUGGGCGAGCUGCUGGGGGAGUUCUGUGAGAUCCCCAAGCAGUUGGAGGAGCCGAAGCCGGAGAAGGGCCGCGGACCCAUGGGCACGCAGCUGCGCAUUGUUUAUGGCGUGUUUGGUUACCUGCAGGUGCUCUCUGCAUGCUUCAUGUCAUUUGCUCACGGUGCAAACGAUGUGGCCAACGCCAUUGGCCCCAUCUCAGCUGCUCUAGCCAUCCUCGCCUCCUCCUCCGCAUCCAUCCCCUCCUCAUCCCUCGCUGCCGCUCCAGUGUCUGCCGGCGUUGCCACUCAGGUUCUUAUUUGGGGCGGUUUUGGCAUUGUGGCUGGUCUUAUCAUCUGGGGUUACCGUGUCAUUGCAACAAUUGGGAACAGGAUCACAGAGCUCACUCCCACCAGAGGAUUCGCAGCAGAGUUCUCAGCGGCUACAGUGGUGGUGGUUGCAUCUAGACUGGGUCUCCCAAUCUCUGCCACGCACACACUUGUUGGAGCAGUGAUGGGAGUGGGCCUUGCCCGCGGUAUUGGGAGUGUACGGGCCGAUGUGGUGAAGGAGAUUGUGGCAUCGUGGCUUGUCACCAUUCCUAUCGGAGCAGCGCUGUCUGUGAUGUCACAUCGGCCCUGCCAGGGGGAGCUGAUGGCGCUGCGUGUUGUGAGUCGACUCAAAACAUUUCUCCCCGUCUUUCUCUUCCACACGCAGGUCACGUCGGCCCUGCCAGGGGGAGGCGAUGGCGCUGCAUUUUUUGAGUCAAUUCAAAACAUUUCUCUCCCUGUCUGUCCCUUCCACGCGCAGGUCACAUCCGCCCUGCCAGGGGGGGCUGAUGGCGCUGCAGGGGGAGGCACGAUGGAGACUGACGAGGCGGUAGCUGAAUUCAAGCGCCAAGGCAUGCUAGCUCCACCAGCGUUCGGGUCCUCCCCGAAUCUGGACUCCCCAGUGCUGGCGGGAGGCGCCAUGUGCGCGGGCGGGGCAGGGGGAGGGGGGAUACCGGAGGGUGCAGCUGCGAACGCGGAUGGACAUUCAGACGGAAAGGGGUCCUUCAGUUCUCUCCUGCAGGUGCCCAUGCACGAAGUCACCUUCUCCACUGUGGACCGCCCCAAGCUGCUCAGUCAACUCUCAGCAGUGCUGGCAGACGUGGGGUUGAACAUCCGUGAGGCGCAUGUCUUCUCCACCUCUGAUGGGCUCUCCCUCGACGUCUUUGUUGUUGACGGCUGGCCCUCUGAGGAUGUGGUGGAGAUGCGGGCGGCACUCAUGCGAGCAGCACAGCAAGCGGGCGAAAAUGGUUCGCAGUCAACCCUUCCAGAAGCAUCCGGCCAAUCAAAUCCCGCCAUGUCAGAAUCCGCAGGCGUGCCCAUGUCCACGUCAGCAGCCACAACAGCGGCAGCAGGACACGUGGCAGCCUCCAGUUUGUCUGGAGCGGAUUCCCGCGUGCGCAUCCCAUCGGACGGGCGGGAUGACUGGGAGAUUGACAACGACCAGCUGAAGCUGCAGCAUAAGAUCGCCUCAGGGUCGUUUGGAGACCUCUACCGCGGCACGUACUGUGGGCAGGACGUGGCAAUCAAGAUUCUCAAGGCGGAGCGGCUGAACGACUCAUUGCAGCAGGAGUUUGCUCAGGAGGUCUUCAUCAUGCGGAAGGUGCGGCAUAAGAAUGUCGUUCAAUUUAUUGGGGCGUGCACCAAGCCCCCGAAUCUCUCCAUUGUCACCGAGUUCAUGGUGGGCGGCAGUGUGUACGACUAUCUACACAAGCACCGCGGCAGCAUGAAGCUGCCCAUGGUGCUGCGUGUGGGCAUGGACGUGGCCAAGGGAAUGGACUUUCUGCACAAGAACAACAUCAUUCACCGCGACCUCAAGGCGGCAAACCUUCUCAUGGAUGAGAACGAUGUGGUGAAGGUGGCGGACUUUGGAGUGGCGCGAGUGAAGGCCAACAGUGGCGUCAUGACAGCAGAGACUGGCACCUACCGCUGGAUGGCACCUGAGGUGAUUGAGCAUCGGGCAUAUGACCACAAGGCAGACAUCUUCAGCUUCGGCAUCACCAUGUGGGAGAUGCUGACGGGCAAGCUGCCCUAUCCAGACCUCACACCCUUGCAGGCAGCAGUCAGCGUGGUUCAACGAGGCCUGCGUCCGCCCAUCCCCAAGGGCACGCACCCGCGGCUGGCAGAUCUCUUUGAGCGCUGCUGGGCCACCAACCCUGCCGACCGACCUGAAUUCUCAGAGAUAAUCCGAGUCAUUGCCGAAAUUGCACAGGAGCUCGAGGAGGAUGGAGAGGCCGACCAACAGAGACGGGAGAAGCGCGGAGGGUUCUUUGCAUCAUUCAAGAGAGCAGGGUCAGGGCCUAGGUGA